GUCCUUUCGCAUCCCCGCUCUCCUUCCCCUCGCCUGCUCCUUUCUCACCCCCGCUCUCCUUCCCCUCUCCUGCUCCCCAUCCUGUCCCUCGUCUCCCGGCCCCUCUGGCCGGUCCCCCCCCGUCCCCUUCGGACGACUGCCAGGAGGCGGGAGCCGGAGCCCCAGCGGCAAUUCCAACCAGGACCUGCCUCCAUCCCCUUCUGACGCCUCUUGGGCUUUUCCCCCCCCCCCUUUCCUCCCCGACUUCAUUCGUCAACGCCGACUUCGGGGGGUGCUUUUUUUUUCUCUUUAUUCCCUGGGAGGAGCGGGGCUGGGAGUCAGGUGUGUGUCUGCUGGAAGUGGGGCAGGAGAUGUCCCGGGUUCUCCGGGGGAGGUAGCGAUGCCCCGGGGGCUCCGGAGGAUGCAGCUGCAGCGGCGUCAGGUGCAGGUGCAUCGUCUUCUUCAGCAGCAGGUGCAGGUGCAUCAUCUUCUGCAGGUGCAGGUGCCUCAUCUUCAUCAUCAGCAAGUGCAGGUGCCUCAUCUUCAUCAUCGGCAGGGGCAGCAGGAGGGAGCCGUCGGCCGUCCUCGCCGCUCGGGCGAGCCCUCCGGGACCAUGGGCAACUAAAAGCCGAGACGUAUUGGCCGCCCUCCCCCGGGCCGCAGCGGGGGAGGGGCCGGGCGCCGCUGAGCCUCAGAGGGAGUGAGGUUAGACUCCGCCGGGCCCGGGGAAAGUUGCAGCGGCGGCUCUCCCGCCCACCGACCCGCGCCCCUGCCUUCUGGCCGGGGGCGCCGCGCUCACCUUCCGCGCAGCGUUGCGCUCCUCCUGCGCAGGCGCCGGCCCGGGCUGGACCCGGAGGAGGAGGAGGAGGAGGAGGAGGAGGAAGAAGACGACGACGACGACAACGAGCCUCCCCCUCGUCCUCCCGCCCCCGACCAGCCCCUCGGGCCGCGAUGGGGAGCUGCGAGGUGCGGGGAUUGCUCCUGCAUCUGGGCUUGCUGUGGCUCCUCUGGACGGUCCUGCCGGCCGGGGGCAACCACCUCUCCAGCAACCAAGUUGUGAUGCUUGAUACUACAGCUGUGCUCGGAGAGUUAGGAUGGAAAACAUACCCAUUAAAUGGGUGGGAUGCCAUUACUGAAAUGGAUGAACACAAUCGACCCAUCCACACUUACCAGGUAUGUAACGUAAUGGAACCAAACCAAAACAACUGGCUUCGUACAAACUGGAUCUCCCGAGAUGCAGCACAGAAAAUAUAUGUGGAAAUGAAGUUUACCCUGAGGGACUGUAACAGCAUUCCGUGGGUCUUGGGAACUUGCAAAGAAACUUUUAACCUCUUCUACAUGGAAUCAGAUGAGUCCCAUGGAGUUAAAUUCAAGCCAAGUCAAUAUUCUAAAAUUGAUACUAUUGCAGCUGAUGAGAGUUUUACCCAGAUGGACUUGGGUGAUCGCAUCCUUAAACUCAACACUGAAGUCCGUGAGGUGGGGCCCAUAAACAGGAAAGGAUUUUACCUUGCUUUCCAGGACAUUGGAGCAUGCAUUGCUCUGGUCUCUGUCCGCGUUUUCUACAAAAAGUGCCCUUUCACUGUUCGUAACUUGGCUAUGUUUCCUGAUACUAUUCCAAGGGUUGAUUCUUCCUCUUUGGUGGAAGUGCGGGGUUCCUGCGUGAAGAGUGCUGAAGAACGGGACACUCCAAAACUCUAUUGUGGAGCCGAUGGAGAUUGGCUAGUCCCUCUUGGAAGGUGUAUCUGCAGUGUGGGAUAUGAGGAAGUGGAAGGUUCCUGUCAUGCUUGCAGACCAGGAUUCUAUAAAGCAUUUGCUGGGAACAUAAAGUGUUCCAAGUGUCCUCCACACAGUGUAACCUAUAUAGAAGCAACUUCUGUGUGUCACUGUGAAAAGGGUUACUUCCGAGCUGAAAAAGACCCACCUUCUAUGGCAUGUACCAGGCCACCUUCAGCUCCAAGAAAUGUGGUUUUUAACAUUAAUGAAACGGCUCUUAUUUUGCAAUGGAGCCCACCCAGUGACACAGGAGGGAGAAAAGAUCUCACUUACAGUGUAAUCUGUAAAAAAUGUGGAUUAGACACAAGUCAGUGUGAGAUCUGUGGAGGAGGUAUCCGUUUCAUCCCAAGGCAUACUGGCCUCACCAACUCCUCUGUGACUGUUCUUGACUUUGUGUCUCACGUGAACUACACCUUCGAAAUUGAAGCCAUGAAUGGAGUAUCUGAAUUGAGUUUUUCUCCCAAGCCUUACACAACUAUCACGGUGACCACAGAUCAAGAUGGUUUUUCUGCCGCCCCUGUGCAACUGACCUCACCCUCCUUGAUAGGUAUGGUAAGGAAGGACUGGGCCUCCCAAAAUAGCAUUGCUCUCUCAUGGCAAGAGCCUGACUUUACCAAUGGAGCCAUCCUGGACUACGAGAUCAAGUACUAUGAGAAAGUCUACCCACGGAUAGCGCCGGCAUUUUGGCACUACCUGCGGGUAGAAGAGCAUGAACAACUCAGCUAUUCUUCCACAAGAUCGAAGGCCCCCAGUGUUAUUAUCACUGGUCUUAAGCCAGCCACUAAAUAUAUAUUUCACAUCCGUGUGAGGACAGCAGCAGGAUACAGUGGCUACAGCCAAAAGUUUGAAUUUGAAACAGGAGAUGAAACUUCUGAUAUAGCAGCAGAACAGGGGCAGAUUCUGGUAAUAGCUACUGCUGCAGUGGGUGGUUUCACUCUUUUGGUCAUCCUCACUUUGUUCUUCUUAAUCACCGGGAGGUGCCAAUGGUACAUAAAGUCCAAAAUGAAGUCUGAAGAGAAAAGAAGAAAUAAUUUACAAAAUGGACAUUUACGUGUCCCAGGAACCAAAACUUACAUUGAUCCAGACACAUAUGAAGACCCAACUCUUGCAGUCCAUGAGUUUGCAAAGGAGAUAGAUCCUUCAAGGAUUCGCAUUGAGAGAGUUAUUGGGGCAGGUGAAUUUGGAGAAGUUUGCAGUGGGCGUUUGAAGACUCCAGGGAAAAGGGAAAUACCAGUGGCCAUCAAAACUUUAAAAGGUGGUCAUGUGGACAGACAACGAAAAGAUUUUCUGAGAGAAGCUAGUAUCAUGGGACAGUUUGACCAUCCUAACAUUAUUCGCCUCGAAGGAGUUGUCACAAAAAGAUCGUUUCCGUCCAUUGGGGUGGAGACGCUCUGUCCCAGCUUCCUGAGGGCAGGAUUUUUAAAUAGCAUCCCAGCCCCGCAUCCUGUGUCAGCAGGAGGAUCUCUGCCCACUAGGAUUCCGGCUGGCAAACCAGUUAUGAUUGUGGUGGAAUACAUGGAAAAUGGAUCCUUGGACUCUUUCCUGCGGAAACAUGAUGGCCACUUCACAGUUAUUCAGCUGGUUGGGAUGCUUCGAGGAAUUGCAUCAGGCAUGAAGUACCUCUCUGAUAUGGGUUAUGUACAUCGAGACUUAGCUGCCCGGAAUAUACUGGUUAACAGCAACUUAGUGUGCAAAGUCUCUGAUUUUGGUCUCUCCCGAGUGCUGGAAGAUGAUCCUGAAGCUGCUUAUACAACAACUGGGGGAAAAAUCCCCAUAAGGUGGACGGCACCAGAAGCUAUUUCAUAUAGGAAGUUCUCCUCAGCAAGCGAUGCCUGGAGCUAUGGAAUUGUUAUGUGGGAGGUGAUGUCAUAUGGAGAAAGACCUUAUUGGGAGAUGUCCAACCAAGAUGUUAUCCUGUCCAUUGAGGAAGGUUACAGACUGCCAGCUCCCAUGGGUUGUCCAGCCUCUCUCCACCAACUAAUGCUUCACUGCUGGCAGAAAGAGAGAAACCACAGGCCAAAAUUCACCGAUAUCGUCAGCUUCUUAGACAAACUGAUCCGCAAUCCCAGUACACUUCAUACUCUGGUGGAGGACAUACUUGUAAUACCAGAUUCACCUGGUGAAGUUCCUGACUACCCUUUGUUUGUAUCAGUCGGCGAUUGGUUGGAUUCGAUAAAAAUGGGCCAAUAUAAGAAUAACUUCAUGGCAGCAGGGUUCACAACUUUGGAUUUGAUUUCCAGAAUGAGCAUUGAUGAUAUUAGAAGAAUUGGUGUUGUACUCAUUGGACACCAGAGACGGAUAGUGAGCAGUAUACAGACUUUACGUUUACACAUGAUGCACAUACAGGAGAAAGGAUUUCAUGUAUGAAAGUACUAGGAACAAAUGUGUUUUGUGCCUCAGCAUUUCUAAAAUGGAAAACAUUUUCUCUCUCUCUUUCUUCUGAUUCUCCCAACUUCACAAACUGCAGUCUCCUGUUCAGACUAUGAAUGCACAUUUUAUGUCAAUGCUUCCAGCCUGGAUUUUCUAAUCAUACUGCGUAGCUCCUCCCUCAAAUCCUUGCCAGAAACACCUUGGCGCUCUGCAAGACUGUUGCUACUCACUGGUGAAAUAACUCAGCAUGGAUGUGUAACUUCAUAUAGGAGUAUUUGGGAAAUAUUCAUGGACUUCAAUGAAAGUAAUAGCCUAUUUGCCCAGGCGUGGCUUCCGUAUUGAUGUGUUUAGAGUUUGAUGGUAGAUCAAAGAAGUAAUUUACUUUUUUUUCCAUGUUUUGUGGUCAUGUAGUUUCCGAUUUGACAUAAAUAUUUACUUUAGAAUUAACUAAAACCAAGGUAUGGGUCCUAUUAUUAUGUUAUUAUGUAGUUUAACUGCUGGUAAUCUGAUGCCUGAUGAUGUUAGAAUUCCUUGCAGAAAUGACCAAUGAUUUCAAGUAGUGAAUUCUUGUUAUGUGUGGCAAUUUAAAAGGUGGGGAGAAAGAAUUAUGGUUUGAAAUUUUCUGUGGCCCUGAGUUUAGCUCUUUUGGCAUCAACACCCUCCAUUCUUAAUCUUUCAUGGUUUCCAUUAGUUCAGGAUUUUUUUUCUUAUUACCUUUUAUUAAGUACAUUACUAUACCACAUUGUGAAGCUUGCCUCUGGGAAAGCUGUGAAUUUAGGUCAUUUGCAGAUUCCAUGUAGUUAGUGAGAGAGGCUAAGGAAGCAUGUAAUUCUUAUAUUAACUUGAGUUUACUAAGGCUGUGUGCAUCCUCAGAAGCACAGGCGUUAUCAGCCUACCAAGAAAAAGAAUUAGAAUUUAUAAGUAAGGUAACAUUCUUAAAAUUUAGAACUUUCAUAAUCAUAUUGCGGUGCAAGGAAAUUGAUGCAAAUCUCUAGUAGACUUAUACUUAUGUAAUCUGUAAAUCCUAAAGCUUUAGUGUUUUAUCCCAAAAAAAGUUACAUGGACAUGCUGGGCUAUGUGUUCCCAAAUGUUGCAUGGAACAAGGGAUUUUAAAUUUCUGAUUACAUAUCCCAAAGACAUACAUGCACACAAACAUACAUAUAUAUGUUUACACGUGUAGACACACACACACAUAAUCAUGUGUAAAGUGGGCACAAGUCUUUGUGCAUAGUAGAGUAAUGAUUAAAAAGAACAUAUAACUAUUUUCAUAGCAUUUUCUAAACCCUUUUGAACAAGCAUCAAAAGGUAUAUUCAUUUCUCAGUGAAUUUAGCUCUGUCUAAUUGGCAAGGUAAGACUAUUAGUGGGCUAAGUUUGAGAUUAAAAAUAUUGUGUUCUCCAAAACUAGUAAGACUGCAGCUGGGAGAAAAUGAAAAAUCAGGAGAGAAUAUAACAGUCUAAGCCUUGUAACUGGAUUUAUAAAGAACAGCUCUCUUUUUUGGAAUAAGGAACAGAUUUUUGAAAGAUGCUGAUUUAACAAACCAACUUUAUUUGAUUUUAAGCAGACAAGUGCAUGACCCACUACUUCCAAUUUUUUUUCUUAAAUUGCAUUUGUGGUGGUGUUUUUGCAGCUACUGGUGCCUCACUUUCUUGGAGGAGAAUUGUAAAUAUUGUUUUGCCUUUCUUUAAGACUUUGUUGAUUACAUCAUUAGUCUAGAUUCCUCAA